AUGCUUCGACGAUCGUUGUUGAGCGUUGUCAAUCGAAGAAAUGUUCUUUCAUUAUCUCAGCGUUCCGUUUAUCGAUCUGCACUAGAUAACGCUGAUAAAACAGCCGUGAUCGAUUCAACUGGGCGAUAUUCGUAUUCAAAUCUACUCUCUGCAUCUGUUCAAUUACGUGAAAAGCUUUUGUCAAGUUCCAAUGUACAACAGAAUUCGGCUAAUAAACGUAUUGCUUUUCUUUGCAAUCCUGACGCAUCGUUCGUCGUUGCUCAAUGGACUUGUUGGCUUUCGCGUGCAGUAUGCAUUCCACUCUGUAAAGAUCAUCCUCAAGCAUUACUUGACUAUUAUAUUGAUGAUGCCAAAUGCUCGUAUUUAAUCGUGUCGCCUGAUAUUACUGAUAAAGAUCUACAACUAGGGAAGACAAAAAACGUUCUGCAAUCGUCCAAUCUGCAACAAUAUGAUAUUUUUUCGAAGAGUUCCGAUGACGCUUUGAUUUUAUACACAUCAGGAACAACUGGCAAACCAAAAGGCGUUGUUCACACUAUUGCUACUCUGCGAGCACAAAUGGACGCGAUGUUGUCAGCAUGGCGUCUAACAAAAGAAGAUACAGUUCUCAACGUUCUUCCACUUCAUCACGUUCAUGGUAUGAUCAAUUGUGUGAUGUCACCAUUGUAUGCCGGUGGAACAGUUGUGAUGAUGAAUAAAUUUGAUCCUGAACAAACAUGGAAUCAUUUGCUAAAUGAUCGCAAUCCUCCGAUUAAUGUGUUUUCUGCUGUACCAACAAUUUAUAUCAAACUCAUUGAACAUAUCACAAAAUCGUCAAAGAGCAAAGAUGUGAAGAAACUUUGCUCAGAUCAUAUUAGACUUUUCCUUUCUGGCUCAUCGGCAUUGCCUGAAUCAACAUUUCAAAAAUGGCGUGAACUAACAGGGUUUGAAAUUGUUGAACAGUUUGGUUCAUCAGAAACAGGACGCGUUCUUUCAAAUAAACUCGAGGGAAAGAAACUGGCUGGUCGUGUUGGUCUUCCUAUGCCUGAUUUAACUGUUCGUCUUGUUCAAAAAGACGAACAAAAUAACGAUAUCAUCGUCGCUGAAGGAACGUUCGAUAAAAUGACUAUUUUACAAAAAGAUCAUAAUGGAACAGCUCAGGGUGAAAUUUAUGUUAAAGGGCCUGCGAUAUUCAAGCAUUAUUUCAAUAAGGAAGAAGCAACCCGAAAAGCUUUCGACUCCCAAGGUUUCUUCAUGAUGGAUAUGGCUGAAUAUGAUCAAACCAAUAAUACAUUCCGUAUACUUGGUCGAUCCUCCGUAGAUAUCAUUAAAUCUGGUGGUUAUAAAAUAUCCGCUUUGGAUGUCGAAACAGUGAUUCUUCAUCAUCCACUUGUUAGUGAAUGUGUGGUGAUCGGUGUGAAAGAUUUAGAGUGGGGCGAACGUGUUACAGCAGUGGUUGUACUUCAGCCUGGCAAAAAGGAACAAGAUUUGACCCUUGAAGACUUGCGAAAUUAUUGCAAAAAGAAACUGGCCGGUUAUCAAUGUCCAACGCAAUUGAAAGUUGUGGAUAAACUUGAGCGAAAUGCAGUGGGAAAAGUCAACAAGAAGGAAUUAAACGCUAAACUAUUUCCACCAACAUCGAAGGACAAGAAAUAG